AUGGCCAAGUUCCUGCUGGAUUAUGUGGCCGCCGCCCCCACAGGGCUGGUGACCGUCGGAAUGGCGGUGGAAGCGUUGGUGGGUCAGCCGCUGCCCUGCACCCGCGGCCUCUCCGUCCCCCGCCUCAGGAAGCGCGUGGGCGACAUCCUCACCCGCAACGCACACUUUCAGGAGGCGCCGCCGUGCGCUCCCCUGACCAGGCGCCGCCGGUACGGCCUGGCGGCGGCCGUCUCCAGGCAGCGGCAGUGCCGCCACGCUAGCGAGGAUGCUUUCGCCAUCGACGCCUCCACGAGGAAACACAGCACACAGAAGGAGGCCAAGGAUGACCCGCCGCCGCCCACACCACCAGAACCAGUCACCUCUCGCAUCGAAGAGCACGCACCGCUUACCGCCCGCUCACUCCUGGAAAUCAUUCAAGCCAAAGGCCCACGCAAACCCAAUGGUCCGAUCAACAGCAAGCCCAAUGGUCCAGUAAACAGCCAUAUCAAGGUUCCAAUCAACAGCAAGCCCAAUGGUCGAGCAAACAGCAAGCCCAAUGGUGCGGCCAGCAGCAAGUCCAAUGGUACGGGCAGCAGCAAUCCCAAUGUUCAAGCCACCAGCAAGCCCAAUGGUCCGAUCAACAGCAAGCCCAAUGGUCAAGCCAACAGCGAGUCCAAUUGCCUGAUCAACAGCAAGCCCAAUGGUCAAGUCAACAGCAAGCCCAAUGGUCCGAUCAACAGCAAGCCCAAUGGUCAAGCCAACAGCAAGCCCAAUGGUCCGAUCAACAGCAAGCCCAAUGGUCAAGUCAACAGCAAGCCCAAUGGUCCGAUCAACAGCAAGCCCAAUGGUCAAGCGAACAGCAAGCCCAAUGGUGCGAUCAACAGCAAGCCCAAUGGUCAAGUCAACAGCAAGUCCAAUGGCCUGACCAACAGCAAGCCCAAUGGCCUGAUCAACAGCAAGCCCAAUGGUGCGAUCAACAGCAAGCUCAAUGGUCAAGUCAACAGCAAGUCCAAUGGCCUGACCAACAGCAAGCCCAAUGGCCUGAUCAACAGCAAGCCCAAUGGUGCGAUCAACAGCAAGCUCAAUGGUCAAGUCAACAGCAAGCCCAAUGGUCAAGUCAACAGCAAGCCCAAUGGUCAAGUCAACAGCAAGUCCAAUGGCCUGGUCAACAGCAAGUCCAAUGGCCUGGUCAACAGCAAGUCCAAUGGCCUGGCCAACAGCCAGUCGAGUGGUCCAGCCAGCAGCAAGUCCAAUGGUCUACUUGAAGACUUGCCCUCACGCCCGCCCACCAAUCCCACUCGUAGCUAUGAAGCAUAA